GAAAUGAUGUUGAUCAUAGUUGUAUAUUUCCUCGUCAAUGUUCUUUGUGAGAUAUCAGCCAAUCAAGCGGAAGGUGUGAUGAUAUUGCUAAAAAAUUUUGUGGAAAUAUUGCAACAGAGAGACAAGUAUUUAUGUCGAGAACAUUCUCAACAUAAUUACGUGUGGCAGACCUUUGGUCAUGGCAACGAUCAGCAGUCUUGUUCCUAAACUCUAAAGAGAUUCAUUAUCUAUGAAUUUCACAUUGCAACGCAAAGAUUUUGGCGUUCACCUUUCUUCCUACUCGAUACCGUGGAAUAACAAAAAUAACAACUGAAGAUAGCCUGAACAUUGACUAGUAUAUGAGCGGCUCAGAUUAAUGAGCUAUAGCCUAUAUAGCAGCUAAAUUUAAAGAUAUUCACAUUCAUUUGCCUCCAUAAUCUUACCCUAAUCCUAAUGCUAUCUGGGUAAUGACCAAUGCAUAUUUGGGUGAAAUAUUUGCGUGACCCUGCUUGUGAUAUAUUGACGUAACAUGCAUAUAUUCAAUAGUCAUCCAAGAUGGCGGAAAUGCACUAAUGUGUGAUGACUUCAAUCAAAAUAUUUGUAGAGCUAAGCAACAUUUGAAAGAGUUGUAAAAAGUUAACGUUUUUCUCUAAUUUUUAAAGUUUUUUUAAAUGAGACAAACUAAAUUUUUAUUUAACAAUUAGUCGCCCACGACGAGAUGAAUUAGGUGAUUACAAGCCUAUAUUCACUGAGCCGAAAGCGAAGGCGUCAUUUAUUAUAAUUUCAGUAUUGAAAAAGGUUAAUUUAUACGACGAAUAACGUUUAUUUUAUGAAUAUAAUUUUUCGUAAAUAAUUUAAUUGCGUCAGAUUUUUAGCCAUAUUUUGGAAAAGCAAUACAGAAACUGUAGUAGUACUGUUCAGAGCAGUCUGAGCAGUAACUUGAUAUUGCCUCAGAGUUACUGCUAAAGGUGCUAUAACCAGUCAGAAUGCUCAAAAAUUAUUUUUGAAUACUGAAAUUAUUACUACUAAUGCCAUAUAUCCCUAUAAACAAAAGUUUAAUAAGAAUAUAAUACUAAUAGUGAAAACAAACGUCCGACAACCAUAAUCGGCAUGAGUUAAUGAUGCAAGCUAUAGGCUUUUGUUGAAUGUUGUUACUUUCGCCAGGAGGUUGUGAUUUUACAUGUGGCCGUAUCAAAGCAGUAUAGGCGCUAACCCUGGGUUAAAAUUUAGUCUGCUGUUUCUGUUGCUGUAUUUCUGCAUAUCUGUUUCUCCCAAACUUCAGAAACGAAAAUCUCAUUGAUCCACACAAGAUUUCUGAACAAACAGGGGUGUAGGAACCGGGGGGAGGGGGGCAAGGCGGCCUAGGCCCCCCACGUUUUGCCCUCUCUUCGUUGGAAAAGUGCCCUUUGUCUUCGUGAAAAAUGUAGUUUAGAAAAUAAUCUGCAAUUCUUGAGAAAACUGCCCUUAAAUAAAUAAAUGUCCAUGAAACAAAUAGAUUUAACUUUUGGUUAAUUUUUUUUUAAAUGGGGUAAAAACGUUGAUUGUACGUUGUAAUUCGAAAUUUGGGCAAAUGUAUUAUAUUAAGCAUGGAAUAUGAUAUGAUUGCAAAAUUGUUUUCGUCCCCUCCCCCCCCCCCUCCAAUCCCGUCGCCAACAUUUCCGGGAAAAUUUGUUUAGGUGCCCUUUUCAUUAUUCGAAAGUGCCCCUCGAAGCCGGUGACCUCCCCCCCAACAUUUUGAUUUUCCUACGCCCCUGUGAACAAAUUUAAAAUAUUUCUAGGUGUAUAAAACAAAAGCUGUUGGAAAAUUUGCUUUGAAUUUUAGGUUAAAUCGAGCGGUUUUUAAACAGCCGUCAGCAAAAUCCCAAUUAAUUGCUAGUUAAUUAUUAUGCCUGUAGCCAAAAUAUAUCAAAUCUAUUUAUACAAAAAUGUGCAAGGCUAAUGGCCAUUGUCAAAGAACAGAUAGAUUAAAUUUUGGUUUCAUUUUAAUUUCGAUAAAAUUGGAUACCAGCUAGAAAUUAACUAAAGUUUCACGGUGGCAUUCUUGGCUGGGUAGAGGAAUCUGAAUGCGUAAUUAGGCUAAAUCUGUAAUUUAUCCACGUGGCGGAGGUGCAGUGUGUGUUAUCUUGUAUUAUAUACCUAAUAAUCAGAAUGCAUUCCACUUUGAGUUUAUAAUGUUAGUCUAUAUUUGACUGAAGUAAUUUUGUAUAUAUAUUCUACAGUGAUCAAGACCAAGUUAGGUUCGAUAAGAGGCAAGAUCCAGUCCUCCAGUUUAUCUGGAAUCAGGGUCCAGAAGUUCCUCAAUAUUCCGUAUGCUGAAGCUCCAGUUGGUCAACUGAGGUUUAAAAAACCUCAACCCAAAAGACCUUGGAAAGGUAAAUAAUGUUUUAAUUUGCAUUAUCAUCUAUUUAAAAUAAUUGAUGGUUUCUGAUUGGCUAACAGCUAACUGCGGUCGAUAAUACUGACUCAAUAGCUACAAUCUUAGACACAACUGGUUGAUACUACCUUUCCCUCCAUACAAAAUUCUUGGGUUUUGUCCAAGAUUGUAAAAGACCAUGUACGUAGUUUGGACGAGUAAUAUUAAACAGAGUGACGACGUCAAUAUAGCGUUGAUAUACAAAAAUCAACGUUAUGACGUCAUGCUCUGGAAAUACGAAUACGAAAUGUUAAAACGCGAUCAAAACAAUAUGGCGCCGCUUUUGGUUAAGGGAGACAAAUUUUAAUAUGUUCUCCUAUCCGAAUUGACAUCAGAAAUGAACAUCAGAAUUUAAAUCUCCAUGCUCAAAUUAGCCAAAUCCAAAUAUUUCGUGAUACUUGUUUGGACAUUCAGGGCGAGAAUGUCGAAACAUUUCCAAUAUAGCUCUGACUGAUAUUUCCGCUUGACACAAAAAGAAAGACCUUCUGAAAAUGGGAAUAAGAACUGAUUAUUAUAAUUUUCGACAAAUUGAACUCGAACGUGCGGAUGUCUUUUUAAAAAUUGAUAAUUCUUGAUAUCAUGCCCAACCUCAUUCAAUAGUUGUUGCAUAUUAUGUCAAGUUUUCGUUUUUCACUAUAUGCAUGGACUUUGAAUUCAAUGAAUGAAUGCAAUCCCGCCUUGAUCGAAUCACAUCCACGACCCAACAUUUCGACACUCCAUUCUAGUGCCUCCAUCAGACGUCUUCCAUUGCAAUCACAUGGCUCGUUUUACACACGUGCUAGAGAGUACUCUCAUCUUCGUUUGAUCGUAGGGCUUUGAACAAGGACAAAAGUUGUUAGAAUAGUUGCAACUCUAGCUCACGUUUGACCGACUCCCGUGAGCACUCGUUUCAACUUUUAUUUUUGCUUUUUUGGUCACCAGUCAACUAUAAUCAUCUCUCCCGCAGAACCGCCAAGAGGUACGUUGCGCGCGGGUUCUCAAAAUUUCACAGGGUGACUUUAAGCAUGUAGGACGGGAACGCGACGACGGUAAACAAACUCGUUGAAACAAAUGAUUGCGAAUGCGGAAGGAAAUUUGUUCUCUAGUGUCCAUCGUAUGAAAAAUAGUAAAGUUUAAGAAUUGAGGGUAACACAGCUUUAUGAUUUAGAAAAGUUCUUGGUCCCUAUUGAAAGUUGUCUCAUCUUGAAAUGUUGGGUUGUAUACAAAAUAAUAUAAUAUGUAUUAAUGGACCAUUCCCCAAUUAACCAAAAUUUUGAUCUCAACAAGUCUAGACAAAAUUCCAUCAUAGCAUGAAAGAGCAUCACAAAAUUAGUAAUAUUCCAAAGUUUCGUUCCGAAAUGUUGUAAAAUGCGGAUAAUAUAGCCAUGCGAAAUUUGCAAUUUUCAGUCAUUUUAGAUUACAAACGGGAAAUGGUUACCACUUUUCCAAAAUUGUAAUCUUAACUAGCCUAAACAAAAAUGAAAUGGGUAAUUAAUAAAAAUACACUAAAAUUGUAUGCUGUCCUUUUUCAUUUACCCAACAUCAGUUUUGGGAGUACUAUUUUAAAAUUACUAUUUUAAAAGUACUAUUUUAAAAGUACUAUUAGAACACGAGCAGGAGUUCUUUAUCAGAUAUAAAACAUAAGAGCGCAGCUCAAGUGUUUUAUAUCUGAUAAAGCACGGACUGCGAGAGUUGUAAAUGGCUUAAAAAACGACCCAUCUAAAGAGUUCUUUGGCGAAGUAAUUUUAACAAGACGCCUGCUGAAGCGUUUACACUGACCUGAAAAUGACGACAGAAUGCAACACAAAAAUGAACACAAGUACACAAUAUGAAUGUUUAUGAGUCUCAUUACAACGUAUAUUUAUGGUUGUUUACUAAAAGGUCAAACUGUCAAUCCAGAUUCUCAGAUCUCCAUUAAGGCCUUCUUCUAAAUGCUUCCAUGUCAACUAGAACGGCAAGAAUACUUUUAAGAGGAAACGUGUUUUUAUUUAGGCAUAUUGAAUAGUACCAAAGAUAUAAUUGCAUGUGUUCAACCAUGGCAAUCUGGAGUGACAAUCACUGAAGACUGUUUAAUACUCAACGUGUGGACACCAUUUCCACGUUCUCAGAAUGCGAGUGUUAUGGUAAGAUAUCUGUUUGUUUAGUUAAAAUGCGUAUGAAUUGAAAGUGUUAAAAUUGUCUUAACAGAAGAGCUUUUAAAACUGUGUGGUCACUGUUGUGCAGUGGCUUGUUUUAUCAAUCUUUAACCCCAUGUUACGUGUAUGAGAUUUCCGUUUUAUUUAGCAAAUCGGCCCAUGUAAGGUAAUUAUUCAUGCAGACCGUGGAUUCCGAAUUUCAUUCCUUGGAUUCCGAAAUCCGCUCUUUGGAGUCUGAAUUUCACUACUUGGAUUCCAGAUCGGUUGUGGAUUCCGGAUUCCAGAAAUCGUCCCAAGAUAAGGAUUCUGGACUCCUUCGAUGUUUGGAUUCUGGAUUCCACUGUCUGAAUUCCGGAUUGCAAAGCUACUAGAAAUCAUAGUUAAUAGAGGGGAUUGUUUGGAAACUCGUUAGCAUUACAAUAAAAUCACAAUAAACCUCAUUAUCUAUGUUGUUCAGGUUUAUGCAAAAAUGUGGUCUUUCAUCGUCACGUGCGUAUUGUAUUUUUCUCAAGUCAACCAAUAGGAAUGUUCAAAAUGUCCUAUUGUUAAAGUCAUGGAUGGGCAAUUGGACAAAACCGUUGCUAUUGGCUUGUUGAGGAAAAAUACAAUACGCACGUGACGAUGAAAGACCACAUUUUUGCAUAAACCUGAACAAAAACAGAGAUAGUGAGGUUUAUUGUAAUGCUAAUGAGUUUCCAAACCUUCCCCUCUAUUAACUAUGUAGAAAUACGUGCAUGCAGUAACCCCUGGCCAAUAUUUUCCAAACAUUAAAUUCACAUAAAGUAUUCAGAAAUGGCCAACACUGAACGCAGGCUCGCGCUCAAGUGUUGCCAUGACAACACGAUAUUCUUAAAUUUUUAAUAUUUUUAAUAUUUUUGUACAAAACUGCAAAAUAGUUGAAAGAUUCGUACUUUUAACUAUACAACAACACAUUUCCGAAAUAUAUACUGUAAGUAUAUUAUUUUGCAUUUUGUGAGCUUUGAUUUAAUGUAAAGUUUAACUUGAAACGCUUUGUAAAAUGUUUCGAAAUGAACUUUCAUUCAACUAAACUACAUUUGCCGGUAAACUGUUUUUACUUAACAAAACAUAAUAAGUUUAAUACAAAUAAAAUAAAUUGUUAUGUAACUUCAGUUCAGUCUUCAAAUCAAUUUGUUUUCCUUUACAUUUUAAGAUUUUUUCUUAAAUUAAACGGGAAUUUAUGAAACUUAGAGCUUCGUUAAAAAGGAAAACAGUUCAUGUUUUUAGGCAAAAAGUUAAAGCAACCUAAUUCGUAAAUAUUAAAUAUUCAAGGCAAACUUGCCGUAUAUUUCACGAUUUCCCAUAGUAAAUCAAUUCUUCUCAUUUUUCAAACAAAAUUGCUUCAAGCUGGUUGUAUAUGAAACGAUUUUUCAAAUAUAUGUCUUUUAAUAAAAUUGAAAUCUUGCUUAUCCCACUCCUACAAGCAAUCAGCCAUAUUUUUGAGAUCAGUGAGGAUGACCACCCACACCGUUAUUGAGCUACGCCCGCGAUCAUUGAUGAACUUUAGACUUCGCUAAUGCUUUCGUUUCCCCAGGUGCAAAUAGCCGGGGGGGAUUAGUACCCUCGCCCCGGGCUUACGCCCGGAACGGCGCUCCGCGCCAUUGGCUUGGGGAUUAAAAGUCGGAUUCUGGAUUCCUGGAUUACCUUAUAGGGCGAAGCGAACUUAAGCAAAGCUAAUUAAUUAACUUGUAGGGGACCGUGACAAGAAAUAAAUUUUACACUUUUAGUAAAAAACAAAUCUGUGAACUACCGUUAUUAGAAACCGUACCUAGACUAGUAACAACGACAUUCAUCACAUCUUGUAUACAACAAGGUCUACUUUGGGGGCCAAGGUCGCCGUUAUUAUGUGCAACAUUGUGCGACAUUAGGCGACAUUGGCAAUUUUCAAAGAAAAGUAGUGUGCGACGCUGGGCGAAACUGGGCGACAUUAGGCAACAUUGGACAAAACUGAACAGCAAUAUCCAGAUAAUGUCAAAUAUUAUAAUACACAAAUUAUGCAUCUACAUGGAAAAUACAACAGUAAAUAUCAAAAUAUAAUUUAGUUAUCAAAAAUUGGUUCCUGUGGCAAAGAACACAAUUAGUUUAUUACAAAUAGUUUGCAAAAAUAUGGGACAUUUCUCUAACUGCUAGCCUGACAAGGACAUUUCUCUAACUGUUAGCCUGACAAUUUACUCAAAGUUUAUACCGCAGUACACAUACAUGCCCAGUGCAUGGUACAUUUACAGUAUCAUGGAACUCUGACUUCUUAUUAAAUUGACUGGUGUAAACACCUCAUAGAGUUUUAAAACCUGUUUAUGGACUGUGGUAUGCAGUGAUGGAAGUGGGCAAGGUGCUAAUAAAUUUGCUCGCUUAAAUGUAAGCCAAUAAGUUUGUGUUUUAACCAAUCAUAUUUAUUAACUUUAAACGUUAGUUGAGAGGCUUUCAACGGUUGCAAACGUUUUAUUAGUAUAGUUUUCUUGUACUGUAGUUACAGUAUAAAUUAUAAAGUUAAUAUGUUCAACUAUACUGUGUACGUACAUUACUACAUUGUGGUGUUUGGUAUCGGGUUUUUUAUUAGUAAGUAAGUAAAUCACAAAAUAACGAUGAAAGUACCUUGUUUGAUAUAUUUCCAGCAAGAAUCUGAUAUAAAUUAAUAAAUAGAAACAAGAAUUGAUUUCGCAAAACGUUAUAUUCGUGUAUUCAGAGGGGGGUAAUGGGGGGUGGGGGGGGGGGUACCGAUCCUGAAGCACGAAAAAUAAUAUGCAGCGAUCUUGAAGCAUGAAAAAUAAAAGAAGGAAGUCCUGAAGCACGUAAAAUAAAUUUUAUUACGAAUCUGAAAUAUAAAGUGAACAUGAAAUGUAAGCAACAAUGAUACUUAAAAGUCUUAAAGGUGAAUAUAAACAGUCUGUACUAGGCGGUGUGUUCACCUAUUUGUUUACAAUUGCGUCGAUGUUCAUGACUUAUAUAAACUUUGAAACCUCCGUUCCCCAAUCAAAACAUAGCUAAAAUCCAGAAACAAAAUUAAUGGAAUAUAUUGUCCAGAAACGAGAAAUAACCGUCUUUAAAAACAGCUGAAAACGGAGAACACAUACUGAAUACACCGCAAGCACGAUACACGGCAUCCAUGUCGGGAUCGAAAAACGUUUAAUAAAAAGAUGACGGAACGAAGAACGAAUAAUUAAAUUACCCCAAUACGCAGCACGAAAAUACCCCAUUACCCCCUUCUAUUCAGUAUUCGUUAAUAUAGAGAAAUGCUUGAAAGAAAUGGCGGGUGGGAUUUGAGCCCGCAAUACCACGGCACGUAUAAUUUAAUGGUUUAGCUUCUAACUUGUACUACUUAGUGUAAGGAAACAUAAUAAUUGAUUAUGGCGGGCCUUGGCGACAUUUUAUAAUAACCUGUACCGUAGAUCUUUCUGUGGUGCAUUCAUUGCUCUGUAUCUUUUGCGAUGCUGCCUAAUUAUGAGUUGUCGAUCAUCGUAGCUUCGUCGAAAAGUAAGUAAUUUUAUUUUACAAACUGCAAAGUCGUAUUUUGAACAUACUAUAGAUAAUUUUCUUUAUUUAUAGUCUACGUAUGUACUAUUUAAAACACGAGUAGGAGUGUUUUAUCAGAUAUAAAAUGCGAGGCGCAGUCGAGUGUUUUAUAUCUGAUAAAACACGACAACGAGCGUUUUGAAUAGCUUAAAAUACGACUACAAAAGAAUACUAAUUAGGAUGAACCAUUAUAUAAUAGUGCUAAUUAGGAUGAACAAUUAUACAAGGCCACAUGUGUUGUAUCAGACAUUAUGCAAAAUUAGGCGACAGCGAAUAGACUGUUAGGCAAAGUUCAAAAAUUGGGUGCACAUGGGCGAAAUUGGGCGAAAUUAGGCGUCAUUAGGCGAAAUUUGGCGACAUUAGGCAACCUUGGCCCCCAAAGUAGGCCUACAACAGCCACAUUUGAAGGUGCGUCAACAUCUACUUCUAAUUGGUACUGAUGGUACUGUUCUGAGAUCUGGCCUCUUAGCAACCGUAAAUCCGUGUCUAAACAACGAUUAUAAGAUACAUGUUAUAUAAGCACGGUUUGUGGCUGAAAUGCGUGCUCUUACAGUAACACAAUCGAGCACAGCAAAAACAUUUACCUCUGUUUGGAGAACAUUUCAAUAUAUAAUCAAUAUAUACAAUAAAACUUUUGCCAGAAUUGAUUUAUUUUAACCAAAUUGUAUGUAAAAAGCCGAGUUUAAUUAAAGCUCAUAUUCUUGAGUUGACGAGUUUUUCCCGAGCUUACCAUAAAGUUUGGCAGGAAAGUUUAGAAUACACUUCUAAAACAGCAAAACUGAUGAACUGGAUCCUGGCUACAUUAAAGUAUCUACAGCAUCCAGGACAUAGAUAUUACCGGUGCAAAACAAAUUAAACAAGUCAAGUAGGAAAACAUAAACAGAGUCAGAACACAGCUCCACAACACAAUGAUUAGUCUAUUGUACAACAACAAAACUGUAUAAAUGCGGCAAAUAUUGAAAUUAAUUCAAAUUAAAUAAAUACCCUUAAAUGUCUGAUCCUUUUUUUACCAUUGAAAGCAAAGCCUUAAAUCGUCAAAAUCUAAAUUUUGAUUAUUUUGCGUUUUCGAGGCUCCACUAGCUUGCAAUUCAUUGCCGUGAUAAGCACAGCAAUGUCCGAUCAGUCUAUUUCUUAGCGACCAAUAAGAAACGUUUUGUAUUUUGCUUACGUUAGGAGAAAUUGAAAUUUAAUCAGUGAGAAAAUAUUAUUAUUUUGAUAAAAUGGCAUAUUGUAAAAAAAUGCUUUGAUUGACGUACUUCAUAUUCUCGCUAGGUUUGGAUACAUGGCGGUGCGUUUGUGUCCGGACACUCUGGCUUGUAUCCAGGUCCAAAUUUCGUAGCAGUCGGUGACGUGAUACUAGUGACGAUCAAUUACAGAUUAUCAGCUCUUGGAUUUCUCACGACUGGAGAUAACAGGAUUAAAGGUACACCAUCGAAAAAUAUUAAUUUCACUGAGUUUGGUUCACUGAUGAAGUGA